AUGGCGAUGUUAGAGAUGCUUCUCAUUAUUGGGGUUCUUAUGUUGCUUCUCAUCUCCCUCAUCAUCCUUCUCGCCUGCAAACCAUGGCGCUUCUUUUCCCGUUUCCGAUCCUCCCGUCUUUCUUCUACCUUCAAGGUGGGGGAUUUGCAGAGACCCCUUGUAUCUGAUUAUGGAAAUUUGAUCCAAGGCCAAACCAGUGAGGUAACAAGGGAGUAUGAUUUAGAGGGAGCUUGCUACCAAAAUGAAGGACUUUUGCGUUCAUCCUUAACUGAGGGGCGGGCUUACAAACAAAGGCUUCCUUCUACAUCUCCCCAGCUCACCCAAGGUGAAAGCUUUGUUCUAGAAGUAAUUUCUGAACCUUCUGACGAUGCUUUGGUGGGCCAAACACUUAAACAUCCAGCUGAAAAAGGUACUCUGGCAGAAGUGCAACCAUAUGACUGGCAGAAUAACAGAAUUCAAAACCUGCGACAUGAUCUGGAAAAGGGUGAUCUUACUGAGCUUUUUCCGAGACUUGUGAAAGAUCAAAGAAGUUGGCUGUCCUUGGAAGUCAUUGCGGGUCCUGCCACUGGGCUUCAAUAUGCCGUGCACUCCACAAGUACCUCUAAGCUACCAGUGAGCCUCGGAAGGGUUUCUCCUGCUGAUUUGGUAUUGAAGGACUCAGAAGUUUCAGGGAAGCAUGCACAAAUAACAUGGAACUCCACUAAAUUGAAAUGGGAACUGGUAGACAGGGGUAGCUUAAAUGGAACUCUCUUGAACUCUCGGUCAGUUAGUCAUCCUCAUGUAGGCAGCCGAAAGUGGGGUGACCCUGUCGAGCUUGCAAGUGAAGAUAUCAUAACUUUAGGAACAACUACAAAGGUCUAUGUCCGUAUUUCAUCUCAGAAUGAGUUUCAGAUACCGUUCAGAAUUGGUCUGGCCUCAGAUCCCAUGGCUGCACGUCGAGGAGGCAGGAAACUUCCAAUGGAAGAUGUUUGUUAUUACAAGUGGCCGCUUCCUGGGGCUAAUAAGUUUGGGGUGUUUUGUGUUUGUGAUGGACAUGGGGGAGCAGGGGCAGCUCAAUCCGCUAUUAAAAUUAUACCUGAGGUACUGGCGAAUAUUUUAUCAGACUCGCUGAAGAAGGAGAAAGUGUUAUCGCAAAGGGAUGCUUCGGACAUCCUAAGGGAUGUGGUUGCUAAAACAGAAGCUCGCUUGGAUGAUCACCUAUAUGAGGGUUGUACAGCUACUGUUCUCUUGGUUUGGAAAGAUGGUGACGAAAAUUUAUUCGCCCAAUGUGCCAAUCUUGGGGAUUCAGCCUGUGUUAUCAACCUUGAUGGGAGAUGUAUACAAAUGACUGAAGAUCAUCGAGUAACUAGCUUGACUGAGAGAAAACGAAUCCAAGAGGCAGGACUAUCCUUAAGAGAUGGAGAGACUCGGAUCUUCGGUAUAAACCUUGCAAGGAUGCUUGGAGACAAAUUUCCAAAGCAGCAAGACGGCCGUUUCAGCGCAGAGCCAUAUAUAAGUGAGCCUCUGCAUAUCGAUCAAUCUAAAGAUGUGUUUGCUGUAUUGGCUAGUGACGGGUUAUGGGACGUAGUAAGUCCGAAGAAAGCUGUGCAGCUGGUACUUCAGAUGAGAGGGACAGAGAAUAGUGCAGAGAAGAUAGCAAAUGGUCUGCUGAACGAAGCUAGAGCGAUGCGUACAAAGGACAACACCUCCAUUAUUUACUUAGAUUUCGAUACUUCCUUGUAA